UUAUAUAAGUACAAUAAUAAGAAAAUCAAAUGACUAUGAAUGAGUACGAAAGUAGCAAGAUACAUCAGAAGCAUGCGUAUGCUUAACCUGAUUCCAGCAGGGCCUUUUUAUAAUAACAACGUGUUGAUACUCUUGUCUCAUGUAUAUGGGAAAAAAUUUUAUAAUAACAUUUAUGUAAUUUUGAAAUUUGAAUUAUUGCCUGAAGAAGUCGAGAUUUUCGACGAAACGUUGCAAUAAAGUGUGAAGUAAUUGUCAACAUUGCGUUUGUGGUCUGAUUAACCUGAUAUCUAUUAAUUAAUUUAUGAAAAUAGAUAUCAAUUUUUUAUUUAAAGUGAAUUUUGUCACGGUAUUCUCGGGACUGCUAUUAUAGUACCAGAACACUCGAUCGAA